AUGACAGUGCCCGGGAGCUCCCGGCGCAGCAGCGUCCACGAGGACUGGAUGUCGUCGCUGCCCCCGCCGCUGUGGGACGUCCCCCUGCACCACCUGUCCAUCCCCGGAAGUCACGACAGCAUGACGUACUGCCCCGACAGGAAGUCGCCCCUGCCCCCCGCGCAGCCGCGGCUGCUGCACCUGCUGGGGCGGGUGGCCCCGUGCAUCGCGCGCCCCGUGGCGCUCAACUGGGCCGUCACGCAGGAGGCGGACGUGUCGGAGCAGCUGUCCUGCGGCGUGCGCUGCCUGGACCUGCGCGUGGCCCACGCGCCUGGGGACGGACCCGCGACCCUGCGCUUCGCCCACGCCCUCUACAGCACCGCGCUCGUCGAGGACGCGCUGACGGAGGUGGCGGAGUGGCUGGAGCGGCACCCGCGGGAGGCGGCCGUGGUCGCCAUGCGGGGCUUCGAGGGCCUCACGCCCGCCCUGCACGAACGCCUGGCGGCCUGCGUGCGCAACAUCUUCGGGGACGCGCUCUGCCCGCGCGGGGCCGUCCCGACGCUGCGCGAGCUGUGGGCGCGCGGGCAGCAGGUGCUGGUGUCCUACGAGGACGAGGCGACGCUGCGGCGACACCCCGAGCUGUGGCCCGGCAUCCCCCGCUGGCACGGCGACGAGCUCCGCCCGCGGGACCUCGUGCGCUAUCUGGACGCCAUGACACGCUGCGGGAGGCCAGGCGGCCUGUUCGUGGCGGGCACCAACCUGACGGCGGGCCCGCGCCACGCCCUGUCGCGCCCGUGGGCGUCCCUGCGCGCCGCGACGGAGGCCGGGCGCCCCGCGCUGACCACCUGGGUGCGCGAGCAGCGCCCGGGCCCGCACCCCGCCUGCACCAACGUCAUCGCCGCCGACUUCGUGGGCGCCGGCGACGCCCUCGUCGGCGACAUCAUCGCGCUCAACCGCAAGCUGCUGCCGUCGCCGCCGACGCCAUCGCCCGGGUUCCGGAACGUUCUGCCGGGCCCAGAAGCCUUCCCGGGUCUGAAGGGAUUUCCCCUGCGGGUUCUGGAAUGUUCCACGGGGCCCCCGGAACGGUAG